CUUAAUUUUUACAUUUAAAACGUAAAAAUAAAGUAUAGUUCUUUAAUAAAUAAGAUAAUAAAUAAAGUAAGCAAGAUAGAUAGAAUACAUUUUUAAAACUUAAAUAGAACCUAUAUAAUAUGACAGAUUAAAUAAAUUGCUUGUCUGUAGUUCUAAAAAAUAUGCAAGCAAAGAGGCUACUUUCAUUUAGUGAAGUGGACUUUAUUACAGAUGGAGCAACGCGUGGAAAUGACAAAAUUUUAGGAAUUCUUUAAGAUUUUUUCAAUGAAAAUUAAUAGCAGCAACAAGAAAUAGAAGUAUUCGAAAAUAAGAUUUUGGAUUUUUUGAAAGAGCAGGAUACGCGGUCUAUUCAAUAAAACCAAAAAUAAAAUGAUUUAAAUAGCUCUGAAGAAAAUGAAAAAUCAUAAGAAAGCCCAUCAAAAACUAAUAUUUAGGUACCUCUAAAAAAAGGAGAAGAAGUAAAUGGAACAAGUUAGUAGUAAAAUAAUAACAUUUCUAAUUUGGCUGAAAAGAAAUCUAAUCAUAUAAGCUUUGGCCAUUUUUUUUCAAAUAAAAGCGAAAAUUCUGAUAGUUAAAAGUUUAUUUCUACUCUUAGUUUGCAAAAGCAAUAAGCAUUGCAAUAUUUAAAAUCUAUUCUUGAUUUAAAAUAAAAGAACUCUAGUAUUAGCGAGAAGCAAUCGAAUCAAAAAUAUAGUGAAGACUUUGAUUUCUUAUGUGAAGAUCUACUCAUACAUCUUCUUAGCCCAGAAAAGAGCGAUUAUAAUCAGGCAGAAUAAGAAAUAACUCAACUUCUUACUCAAAAAAAAAAUAUAAUUAAAGAAAAAAUAUUUGCUUCCUAAAAGUCACUUCUAAAAGCCUCUAUAAUAAAUUGUGAAAUGUAUUAAAUUGUAAGGUACACUAAAGAAAUUCUAAAAAAUUUAUUUGGAAUUUGUGAGUUUGAGGUGGCAAAAAUUCAUAAUAACAUGAUAAACACAUUUUAAUCAAAGAAUAUUAUCUAAUUUACAGGCGACACAAAAGAUGAAGAGGAGCUUAAAAAAUAAUUUAAUUAAUAUGUGCCAAAUAAGGUUUUUUUGUUAAAUGAUGCACAGAAAAAAGAUUUAGAAAAUUUGUUUUGCUUCGAAAAAAAUAAGGAAUCUCUUAUGAUAUUAAAAUCGUAGGAUGAUGAUGCUUACAUUUUAGUUUUCCACGUUAAUCCCCACUAGAAAGGCGAUUCUUUUUUCUCGAUUUUGGAGAAUAACUUUGAUAAUAGUUUUAAUAAUUUAUUUAAAGAUUAGAUCAUCUCUCUACUUUGCAUCUUUGUUAGAGAUAAAGAUUAUUUGCAAAAAAAAUAUUUGCACAAACUCGUUAAGUUGAUUGAAGAAUAUAUUAAAAAAUCAGAACUCAUACUCAUUGAAGAUAUUAGAAUUUGCUUUCAAAAAUAUUUUGACAUACCAGCGUAAAUUAUUUUUGGAUGGGAACAACUGCAAUAGGUUAAUUAGAAUAACUAAGUUCAGUAAGAAGAUUCUUGUAAGUAUGAAAUAUCUAUACCUAUAGCUAAAAUUACACUUAAAUGCUAUCUUACUAAAGCUCAUUAUAGCAAACUAUUAUAACUCCAAAUAUUUGAAAAGGUAAUGACAGCUAUAUAUAGUGACCAUCACUAGAAAAUAAAAACUCUGCUAAGCAAAUUCACUAAUUACAUGUACUUUCUGAGGAAUGGAGAGAUAGUGCUUAUGGAUUUUAAUAAUAAAGGAGAUUUAAUAUUCAUAUCCUAAACUUUAAACCCUGCAACUAUUGAAAAGCUAAAAAUAAAAAUAUCUGAAAGCAGUGACAGUGUUGACCCGUCCUUUUAUUUUAAUUAUUUAGAUAUUUUUUAAAACAACUAACAUGUAAAAACACUCAUUUAGGAAAUACGUAAUGAUCCUGAAAAAUUUAGUAUCAGAAGUGAGGGAGAUCCUCAUGUUGAAAUUAUAAUAAAUCCUUCAAGUAAAAAUGAUGGUAAAAGAGGUUUCAAGAUAUUUUUAAAGUAGGAAGAUUUUCAUACUUUAAAUACAAUAUCGAUAUAAUAGCCAUCACAAAAUUUAAAGGAGAAACAUUUACCUUAAGUUAGUAAAAUUAAAAGGGCUAUGCAUAAGCUUUCAUUUAUUACAAGGACAUCAAAAACAGCAAUGUCUAAAGAUAUGGUACUAAAAGAUCCUGAUGUUAAAAACUCUUGGGUCAGAGAGUAUUUACCAGACAGAGAUUUACAAAAAAUAUAAGAAGAUGAAAAUCAAAAACAAGAUGGCAAUUAAAAUAGAUCUAAUUAGCCACGUUUAUUUAAUCCUCAAACUACCAUAAAUAGAAUUUCUGAUGUGCUUCUAACAAGUUAAAAUAUAAGCAAGCCCUAACCACAAGAUCUAACUAAAAAAGAGCAAGAAGAUACUUUACUUGACCAAUUCAAGUUUGACAUAUUUAAAGCAGACUAGAAAGAAAAAGUUAGGAUAAUUUGGUCUAUUUUCUAAAAAAGAAACUAUUUUGAAAAAUACAAAAUUCCUAUAAGUUAAUUUUGUGAAUUCAUUUAAGAGAUAAGAUUAAGAUAUAAUAAGAGAGGAAAUCCUUUCCAUAAUUUUGAUCAUGGUAUCACUGUUAUGCAUGGAUGUUACAUGCUUUGUUGUUAGACAGUAGCACAAACAAUCAUAAAAGAAAUUAAUGAAUUUGCCUUAAUUUUUUCAGGUCUAUGUCAUGAUGUUUCUCAUACAGCAAGAACGAAUCUUUUUGAAGUAAAUAGUAUGUCAAAGCUAGCUAUUCGCUACCAUGAUAAAAGUGUAUUAGAAUAACACCAUAUUGCUGUUACAUUUAAAAUUUUGAGGAAAAAGGAAGCAAAUAUUCUAACUUAGCUACCUUUAGAAUAGGUUUAGCAAAUAAGAAAAAUAGUUAUAAGUAAUAUAUUAGCUACAGAUAUAAAGUAGCAUUUUGAUCUAUUAAAGGACUUUGAGCUGAGGUUUGGCAACAAAGGGUUGAAGUUAAAAAAUGAUUUUCAAAUAAACGAGUAAGAAUGUCAAAGUGUUACUACAUAUUCAGAUAAUGAUUUAAAUUUAAUCACAAAUAUGAUGAUCCACGCAGCUGAUUUCCAUGGCAAUGCAUAGGAGUUCGAGCUGAGUAAAAAAUGGAGUCUACUUGUCAAUCAAGAAUUUCAAGCUUAAUAUAAAGAAGAAGCAGAAAAGAAUAUCCCACAAACUCCAUAUUUAAAAGAUCUUGAUAAAAGAGAUAUAUUGGCAAAAAGUGAAAUCGGUUUUAUAAAUGCUAUUGUUAAACCUCUUUGGGAGUUACUUAAUAAAUUUUUAGGAGAUGACUUACAAAUAUCAACAAAUAAUUUGUCAAAUAAUAUCAAAUAGUGGGAUCAAAUCAACAAAGAAUGCAGUAAUUAAGAGCCAUCUUAAAAAUUAAAUAGCAUUGAUAAAGUAUCCACUAAUAAUAAUACAAAUAAAAACAAUGAAGACAAGAAAGAUGAAAAGUAAUCACCAAAUAAUUUAUCUUAAAACGGAGAAUAGCAUAAAAGUUUGGAAUCUUCACCACUAGUGAAUAGUCCAAUUUUAAGCAAUUUAUCUAAAAUAGAAAAGAAAUCUUUAUUUAAAUAAAUUACUGAAGAGAAAGUUCAAACAUAAAGUGAAUAGGAAUAAAAUUAGUUAUAAAGUAGUGAAGAUUAGGUGUAGUAGUAAAAUGGAGAACAAGCCUAAACAUAAAAUGAAUAAAUUAACUAAAACUAAAUAUAAAAAAAUAAUGAAAAUAGCGAAGAAAAGUGAAAAAUAUCGUAUACAUGUCUACGAUGUGAAUAAUAAAACUCAAUUAUUUCAAUUAAAAUAAUAACAUUAAGCUACUUAAAACAGAGAAAGUUUAGUUGGUUGGUUGGUUCGUUGCUUGGUUGGUUGACUGUCUAUCUCUAUGAUUAACUGUCAUACUGACAAACUUAGUAAUUUACUAACUAAGUAUUAAAUAUAUAUAAAUUCAGAAAAAUGUAAAUGUAAUAAACACACAAUAUUAUUUAGUUAGUCAAUAUUUAUCUUUAAUUUUUUCCUUUUUCUUAUUGAAUGAAAUUAAUUUACAUUUGUGUUGGUUGAAAUAAAUUUAAUAUUAAAAAGUAUUUAAAUAAAUGAGAUUUGUAAAAAGCCUAUAUUUUUUA